AUGGGUCUUCGCAGCGUGGAAGAAAUGGUGAGUGGCGAAAGGUCAGAGGUCAACCACUACGAGUAUGAGGCGGCGGAACGAGACGAACGCUUGUCUUCCGGCGACUUGUCGGAGGACGACAGCGGCGGCGAGCACGACGAGGUCAGCGCGGUGGCCCUCAACAUGGACAAAUGCGGGCGUCUGCGUCUGGAGACAGUGGACGACCUCUUCAACAUCCUUCAGCUGAGGAAGAGGAGGCGGGCGAGGAAGGCACCUGCCCGUAAGAACAAAUCGCCACCGCCCACGGAGACGCUGCCCGACACGGUGGAGGCUCCGCUCUUCCUGGCCGCUGCCGUGGACAACAAGAUGGCCGUUGUGAGAAAGUAUCUGGACGAGGGUGGGAACCCCGACGCCGUCGACCACUUCCAAAGGACGGCCCUCCACAAGGCCUCCUUCAAAGGUCACGUGGAGGUCAUGAGCGCGCUGCUGGACGCCGGUGCCGCCAUCGACAGGAAGGACAGACUGGAGUCGACGGCGGCCCACUGGGCCUGCCGGGGCGGGAGCCUCGCCGCCCUUCAGCUUCUCCUCCAGCGCGGUGCCAAGAUCACCGCCAGAGACAAGCUGCACAGUUGUCCUCUGCACGUGGCCGUCAGGACGGGACAUCUGGAGUGCGCAGAGUACCUCAUCCACUGCGGCGCCGACGUCAACGCCAAAGACAGGGACGGCGACACUUGCAUGCACGACGCUGUGAGGAUCAACCGCUUCAAGAUGAUCAAGCUACUCAUGAUGUACGGAGCCAGUCUCAAUGUCAAGAACUGCGAGGGCAAGACGCCUAUGGAGACGUUGUACUCGUGGCAGAACGGCGCCAAGAGCCUCCUCUUCAACUUCAGUGAGGAGCGGGCGGACUCCAACGAAAAGAUGAUGUGA